AUGGAACUGUCCCAGCUCCUCAAUGAGAUCAGGGCAAACUAUGAAACGCUCCUCACCAGAAAUCAGAUAGACAUCGUCCUCUCAACAAGCACCCAGCUAGAAGAAGCUACAAAUGAAAGAAUGGACAAAGAUGAGGAAGAUUUAAAGGCAGCCAGAGCAGAGCUCAGUGAAGCCAGGCGUCAGUGGCAUCAUAUGCAAAUUGAAAUUGAAUCUCUCCAAGCUGUGGAAAAGGGUUUGGAAAAUUCAUUGCUUGCCACAGAGCAUCAUUACCAUAUGCAACUACAGAGUUUAGAAGCUGAAAUUGAAGGCUUAGAGAAAGAGCUACAGGAAGUGAGAAAAGGUAUUGAGAAACAGCUUCAAGAGCAUGAAAUUCUACUGAAUACAAGGAUGAGGCUGGAGCAGGAGAUAGCAACAUAUCGCAGGCUGCUAGAAAGAGAGGAAAACAGGUUUCGUUGUUCUACGCACCAUAGAAAAGAUGACAGAAAACCUACCACCAGCAAGAUAGCUUUUAUCUUACCAUCAACUGGGGCCAUAAAGAAGCAUGAGACUGAAACAGUAGAACUAAUGACAAAACAAGCAAUCCUUAAUGGAAACAUGGUGAAGGAAAGGGCCGAAGCUCAUGGCACGAUACAGACAGAAAAAGUGGAUGAAGUUAUUAAAGAAUGGGAAGGUUCUUUCUUUAAGGACAACCCUCGCUUAAGGAAAAAAUCUGUUUCUUUGCGCUUUGAUCUCCACCUAGCAGCAACAGAUGAAGGCUGUUUACAGACUAAACAGAAUAAUCUACCUGAUAUUGAAGUCAGGCUGGUAAUGAGGCGGUCUUCUAGUAUUCCAUCCAUCAAACCUUAA